AUGAUCAUGGAGGUGGAAGCAUCGAGGGAAGCUGACCUCUGGCCCUCAGACACGACAUACGCCCUCGGAUAUUACAAACUAUUGGGGAGGGGCCUCGGAAUAUGGCCUCUCGAGUCUCGCGGAUUCAUGCCAAAUGCGAAAAUGUUAUUUGUUAUCAUAAUACAGCUAUGGAUGUCCAUAAGUCUCACCAAAAAACUCCUGAUCAAAGGAAACUGUGGAUCCGUAACGGACAACGUCGAUGCCCUGAGCCUAAUAUUUUGCGGAUUCCUAACGGUAAUGAAAGUCGCUAUACCCAGAAUUCACCAAAAAAACAUGUUGAUUGUUGUCGAUUCAGCUAUUAAAGACUGGUCAUCAGUUGUCAGUGAUAAACCCCGCAGCGUAAUGAAGAAAUACGCAUACAUAGGACGGCUUGUAUUCCUCGUACAGAUGUGCGGUGUAUAUGCUGCUGGUUUCCCCCUCAUUUUUCUGAAACUGCCCUUCAUCAAUGCAUUGUGGAACGAUCCAGAGGACAAUGUCACAGUUCGGGAGGUGCCUAUCGGGCCGAGAUGUUGGAUACCUGAUGAUGUCUCCACAUAUCGAUAUGUUGGGGAUUAUAUCCUUCAAUCCGUGCAAUUGCUCGUUGUCUGCACGGCGUACAUCGGGUGUGACACUUACUUCUUCGGCAUUGCGAUGCAUGUCUGCGGACAGUUUGAAGUGCUGCAUAUGAAUGUUAGGCGUUUGGAUGGUACUAAAGACAGCUUGUGGCGGAGACAGAAGCUCAAUGACUUCGUCAGGAGACACAAUCAUCUUCUUCAGUUGGCGCAUAAUUUUGAGGAGACGUUCAAUGUUAUUAUUCUCGCUCAAGUUGGGGUCGAUACUUUGCUCGUCUGCAUAUCCGGAAUUGCUUUACUGAUGAGUUUGAGUUCCGGCGAUUUGGUCAUCAUAUCGGGCCUCAUAAUUAGAAUCUAUCUCGUCAAUGUUCAACUGUUUAUGUACAGCUAUGUGGGUGAGAAGUUGAGUACAAAUGCUGAAAAUCUUUCUGUCGCUGUUUACAACUGUCCUUGGUACGAUAUGCCACGUAACAUCGUGAAAGAUAUGAGAUUUAUCAUUAUGAGAACAAAUUAUCGUUUCAACUUGACUGCUGGAAAAUUAUACUCCAUGAACAUAGAGAACUUCAAAACCAUGCUGACGAAGAUCGGCUCGUGUUUUUCGGUUCUCAGAUUAGUUUUCCAGGAAUCUGCUUGA